UUUGGGUAUAUUGACAGUAAACGCCUUUGACAAAAGAACAAGAGGUUCGAGUGAAAAAGCCUACAAAAUUUGUAGUUAAUUUUGAUGUAAACUCGUUUUCAAGCUUCGUAGAUCACAUGUUGCAGAAACACACUGAUGUUACUUUAGGGCUUUUUGAAGGAUCAUAAUUUAGGUUAUGAAGUGAGAAGUGUUUAGUUGGAGUAGAAGAAGGUGAAAUUGAUACCUAAUUUUGGGGGUUUAUGUGAGGAUGAAGGCUGGGAGUGCGGCGAAGCUGAUUGUCGAUGCGCUGCUGCAGCGGUUUCUUCCGCUUGCGAGGCGCCGGAUUGAAACAGCACAAGCACAGGAUGGACAAUACCUUAGGCCAUCAGACCCUGCCUAUGAGCAAGUAUUGGAUUCCUUAGCUAUGGUGGCACGACACACGCCUGUACCUCUUCUUGAAGCACUUCUUCGAUGGAGAGAAACUGAGUCCCCAAAAGGUGCAAAUGAUGCAUCUACAUUCCAAAGAAAGCUUGCAGUGGAGUGCAUUUUUUGCUCAGCGUGUAUUCGCUUUGUGGAGUGUUGUCCACAAGAAGGACUUACAGAAAAACUCUGGAUCGGACUUGAAAACUUUGUGUUCGAUUGGCUGAUAAAUGCUGACAGGGUUGUUAGUCAGGUUGAAUAUCCUUCAUUAGUUGAUUUGCGCGGUCUCCUUCUAGAUCUAGUUGCACAACUCCUCGGUGCUCUAUCAUGUAUCAGGUUUAGCUCUGUAACUGAGCGUUUUUUCAACGAACUCAGUACUCGUCGGAUUGAUACUAGUGCUGCUCGAAGUGAAACACUCAGUAUCAUCAACGGAAUGCGCUAUCUAAAACUUGGGGUGAAAACCGAGGGUGGUCUAAACGCGUCAGCUUCUUUUGUGGCAAAAGCCAAUCCGCUUAAUCGCGCACCUCAUAAACGGAAGAGUGAACUUCAUCACGCCCUUUGCAAUAUGCUGUCGAACAUUUUAGCACCACUCGCAGAUGAUAGUAAGGGUAACUGGCCACCUCCUGGUGUGGACCCCGCACUUACUCUCUGGUAUGAAGCCGUUGCACGAAUAAGAGUGCAACUUAUGCAUUGGACCGAUAAACAAAACAAACAUAUAGCUGUUGCUUAUCCUUUGGUGACUUUGCUUCUCUGUCUCGGUGAUCCUGUUGUUUUCCUCAAUAACUUCGGUUCUCAUAUGGAGCAACUGUAUAAGCAUCUUAGGGACAAGAACAACCGGUUCAUGGCUCUAGACUGUCUUCACCGCGUUUUAAGAUUCUACUUGAGCGUUCACGGAAAUUCCCAACCAGCAAAUCGCGUAUGGGAUUACCUCGACAGUGUGACAGCUCAACUUCUUUAUAUUCUCAGAAAAGGGAUGCUUACACAGGAUGUGCAACAUGAUAAAGUCGUUGAGUUCUGUGUUACUAUAGCCAAACAUAACCUUGAUUUUUCUAUGAACCAUGUGAUUUUAGAAUUGCUGAAACAAGAUAGCCCUAGUGAAGGAAAAGUUAUCGGGCUUCGUGCAUUACUUGCGAUCGCAAUGUCUCCCACAAGCCAACAUGUCGGCCUGGAAAUCCUUCAUGCUCAUGACAUAGGUCAUUAUGUUCCAAAAGUAAAAGCUGCAAUCGAGUCUAUUCUGAGAUCAUGCAAUCGAGCUUAUAGUCAGGCUCUUCUUACUUCUUCGAAGACAACUAUAGAUGCUGUUACCAAGGAAAAAUCACAAGGAUAUCUAUUCCGUUCGGUUCUAAAGUGCAUACCUGACCUGAUAGAAGAAGUGGGUAGAACCGAUAAGAUCACCGAGAUAAUCCCGCAACAUGGAAUAAGCAUUGAUCCCGGUGUUCGUGAAGAAGCAGUACAAGUAUUAAAUCGAAUCGUUAGAUACCUUCCGCACCGUCGAUUUGCAGUUAUGCGCGGUAUGGCAAAUUUUAUCCUACGAUUACCAGACGAAUUCCCUCUUCUUAUCCAAACAUCAUUGGGACGCCUUUUGGAACUCCUGCGUUUCUGGAGAGCUUGUCUCUCUGACGAUAACAUUGAAAACGAUGUUUCCGAUCUAAAAAGAGCGCAGAAAAAACAAGGGGUUAAGAAAUCUUCAUUUCAUCAAGGAGAACCGAUAGAAUAUCGUGCUUCGGAGAUUGAUUCUGUUGGUCUUAUCUUUCUUAGCUCUGCUGAUAGUCAGAUCCGACACACAGCAUUGGAGUUACUUCGCUGUGUGCGAGCCCUACGGAAUGAUAUUCGAAACUUAUCUUUGUAUGAAAGAUCCGAUUUCAUAAAAGACGAAGCUGAACCAAUCUUCAUAAUUGAUGUUUUAGAAGAGAAUGGGGAUGACAUAGUUCAAAGCUGCUAUUGGGAUUCUGGGCGUCCUUUCGAUCUUAGAAGAGAAUCCGAUGUAGUACCUCCUGACGCGACAUUACAAUCUAUACUUUUUGAAAGCCCCGAUAAGAACCGGUGGGCUAGAUGUCUUAGCGAGCUCGUCAAAUAUAGUGCGGUGCUAUGCCCACAGUCUGUUCAAGAAGCAAAGGCGGAGGUUAUUACGCGACUUACAUACAUCACGCCUGUUGAAUUGGGGGGAAAAGCGCAUCAAUCUCAGGACACAGACAACAAACUAGAUCAAUGGCUUAUGUACGCUAUGUUUGCUUGUUCAUGUCCACCUGGAAGAGAAGGAGCUAGUGCGGCAACAACACGCGAUCUAUUCCGUCUUAUCUUUCCUUCUCUAAAAUCUGGUUCUGAACCACAUGUUCAUGCAGCAACUAUGGCUCUUGGGUACUCACACUUGGAAGUGUGUGAAAUAAUGUUCAGUGAGCUCGCAUCUUUUAUGGAGGAUAUUACUUUGGAAACAGACGGAAAACCAAAAUGGAAGAGUCAAAAGCCUCGCCGUGAAGAACUCCGAAUUCGCAUUGCGAAUAUAUAUAGAACCGUUGCUGAGAAUAUUUGGCCUGGCAUGCUAGGCCGUAAGCCGGUUUUCCGUCUUCACUAUUUGAAGUAUAUUGAGGAAACUACACGAUUAAUUUCAAGUUCACCUCCUGAAAAUUUUCAAGAAAUGCAACCCCUUCGUUAUUCACUUGCAUGUGUACUAAGAUCACUGGCACCCGAGUUUGUGGAGUCGAAAUCCGAGAAAUUCGAUUACAAAACCAGAAAACGGUUGUUUGAUCUUCUUCUCUCGUGGUGUGACGAAUCUGGUAGCACAUGGAGUCAAGACAGUUCAAGUGAUUACCGACGUGAACUCGAGCGUUAUAAGUCGAGUCAACACUCCCGAUCAAAAGAUUCCAUCGACAAAAUUUCAUUCGAUAAAGAAGUGACUGAACAAGUUGAGGCCAUUCAGUGGGCUUCCAUGAACGCUAUGGCUUCGUUGUUAUACGGGCCGUGUUUUGACGACAAUGCAAGAAAAAUGAGCGGGCGUGUUAUAUCCUGGAUCAAUAGCCUCUUCAUUGAGCCCACACCACGGGCCCCUUUCGGUUAUUCACCCGUUGACCCUCGAACCCCAUCUUAUACUAAUAAAUACACAGGAGAAGGUGGUCGAGUAGCCGCUGGACGUGAUAGGAACCGCGGUGGUCACCUUCGCGUUUCCCUCGCUAAAAUGGCUUUAAAAAAUCUCCUUCUUACUAAUCUAGACUUGUUCCCUGCUUGCAUUGACCAGUGCUACUAUUCUGAUGCUGCGAUAGCGGAUGGUUACUUCAGUGUAUUAGCGGAAGUUUACAUGCGCCAAGAGAUACCUAAAUGUGAAAUCCAAAGACUUCUAAGUCUAAUCCUCUACAAAGUGGUGGACCCAUCUAGACAGAUUCGUGACGAUGCACUACAGAUGCUCGAAACGUUGUCAGUCCGGGAAUGGGCCGAAGAUAAAAUAGAGGGGUCGGGGAGUUAUCGGGCGGCAGUUGUUGGCAACCUGCCGGACUCUUACCAACAAUUCCAGUACAAAUUGUCUUGCAAACUUGCAAAAGAUCAUCCCGAGCUAAGCCAGCUUCUUUGCGAGGAAAUCAUGCAGAGGCAACUCGACGCAGUUGAUAUAAUCGCGCAACAUCAGGUUCUAACAUGCAUGGCUCCGUGGAUCGAGAAUCUUAAUUUCUGGAAGCUUAAAGACUCGGGUUGGAGUGAACGGUUGUUAAAGAGUCUUUAUUACGUAACGUGGAGGCACGGUGAUCAGUUUCCUGAUGAAAUUGAGAAGCUUUGGAGUACUAUUGCUAGUAAGCCAAAAAAUAUACGGCCAGUUUUGGAUUUUUUAAUCACUAAAGGAAUUGAAGAUUGUGAUUCGAAUGCAUCUGCUGAAAUAAGUGGCGCGUUUGCUACGUAUUUUUCUGUUGCUAAACGGGUUAGCUUAUAUCUAGCUCGGAUAUGUCCUCAGGGGACCAUUGACCACUUGGUUUACCAAUUGGCCCAACGUAUGCUUGAAGAUAGCUUGGAACCAGUCAGACCAACGGCUAACAAAGGUGAAGCCAAUGGGAAUUAUGUUUUGGAGUUUUCUCAGAGUUCAGCAGUGGCUCAGGCUGCAGCGGUCUUAGACAAUCAGCCGCAUAUGUCACCGCUACUGGUUCGUGGGUCUCUUGAUGGUCCGUUACGGAAUACAAGCGGAAGCUUAAGCUGGAGAACUGCAGGUGUAGGUGGGCGGAGUGCUUCUGGUCCAUUGACUCCAAUGGCACCCGAGAUGAACGUGGUUCCUGUGACUGCUGGGCGGUCGGGUCAACUCAUUCCAGCGUUGGUCAACAUGUCUGGACCUUUAAUGGGGGUCCGAAGUUCGACUGGAAGUAUGAGAAGCCGACAUGUAUCUCGAGACAGUGGUGACUAUCUUAUUGACACUCCAAAUUCCGAAAUAGACGGUCUGCAUCCUGCUGGCGGGGCCCACGGUGUCAACGCUAAAGAACUUCACUCGGCUUUACAAGGGCAUCAGCAGCAUUCGUUGACCCAUGCUGAUAUUGCGUUGAUUUUACUAGCGGAAAUUGCUUACGAGAAUGAUGAAGAUUUCCGGGAGCACUUAGCGUUACUUUUUCACGUCACGUUUGUCUCGAUGGAUAGCUCGGAAGACAUCGUAUUGGAACACUGCCAACACUUGCUUGUUAAUUUGUUGUAUUCUCUUGCUGGCCGUCAUCUGGAGCUUUACGAUGUUGAAAAUAGUGACGGCGAGAACAAGCAACAGGUUGUAAGUUUAAUAAAGUACGUCCAGUCGAAAAGAGGGAGCAUGAUGUGGGAAAACGAGGACCCGACACUGGUCAAAAUCGAGCUCCCAAGUGCGGCACUUUUAUCGGCCCUCGUGCAGAGCAUGGUGGAUGCUAUCUUCUUUCAAGGUGACCUCAGAGAGACUUGGGGAGCUGAGGCGCUUAAAUGGGCAAUGGAGUGCACAUCAAGACACCUGUCAUGUCGGUCCCACCAGAUCUAUCGUGCGUUACGACCCCGCGUCACUAACGAUGCUUGUGUCUCGCUUCUUCGCUGCCUCCAUAGAUGCCUAGCAAAUCCCGUACCUUCGGUUUUAGGGUUUGUUAUGGAAAUUCUUUUGACAUUGCAAGUAAUGGUGGAGAAUAUGGAGCCCGAGAAGGUGAUUCUCUACCCCCAGCUUUUCUGGGGUUGUGUAGCCAUGAUGCACACCGAUUUCGUUCACGUUUAUUGCCAGGUACUCGAGCUGUUCGCUCGGGUCAUUGACCGUUUAUCGUUCCGCGAUCGUACCACCGAAAACGUACUCCUCUCCAGCAUGCCUAGAGACGAGCUCGAUAAUAGCGUCUCCGACACCGACUUCCAGAGAAUGGAGUCACAAACCACUGCUACCAGUACCACCACACCAUCCAGUGGGAAAGUUCCAGUUUUCGAAGGGGUACAGCCACUCGUACUUAAAGGACUUAUGUCAACCGUGAGUCACGGUGUGUCAAUCGAAGUUCUCUCACGUAUCACGGUCCACUCUUGUGACUCGAUAUUCGGGGACCCAGAAACAAGACUCUUAAUGCACAUCACCGGCUUGCUCCCGUGGCUCUGUUUACAGCUAAACCAAGAAGCUGUUGUCGGUACUGCUUCACCUCUGUUACACCAAUACCAAAAAGCAUGUGGCGUUUCAACAAAUUUAGCGAUUUGGUGUCGUGCAAAGUCAUUAGACGAAUUAGCGACGGUUUUCAUGGCCUAUUCACAAGGCGAAAUCAAGACGAUAGACAACCUACUUGCUUGCGUGUCACCGUUAUUAUGCAACGAAUGGCUACCGAAGCACUCAGCACUAGCAUUCGGGCAUCUGCUUAAGCUUCUAGAACGCGGGCCCGUGGAGUAUCAACGGGUUAUUCUCUUAAUAAUGAAAGCAUUGCUUCAGCAUACUCCCAUGGACGCUGCUCAAAGCCCGCAUAUGUACGCAAUCGUUUCCCAGUUGGUUGAAAGUACUCUAUGUUGGGAGGCACUUAGCGUACUCGAAGCGCUUCUACAAAGCUGCAGUUCGUUGACCGGGACCCACAAUCAUGAUCAGGCAUCACACGAGAACGGUCUCAGUGGGACAGAAGAUAAGGUGCUGUUUCCUCAAUCAUCUUUCAAGGCUCGCAGUGGACCGCUACAACAGGCCAUGGGGUUGGGGUUCGGGCCAGGGUCUAUGCUGACUGCACAACCUAGCCCAUCUGAGACGGGUGUUUCGCCCAGAGAGUUGGCUUUGCAGAACACGCGAUUGAUCCUCGGUCGGGUGCUCGAUAAUUGUGCCCUUGGAAGAAGAAGGGAUUAUAAAAGGUUGGUGCCUUUUGUGACCACCUCUGGUAACCCUUAAAUCGUAGUUUAUAUUAGCUCUGUGUGUGUGUGUGUAUAUUAGUGGAUCGUAUUAUGGGUGAAUGUUGUAUAUAAUUGAACUUGAGGUAGUAAUUUAUAAGCAUGUAAUAUGCCCUUUUCUUUA